AUGAAACCAAAUGUUAAUUUUUGGGAUGAAGGCAGGGUCCAGUCGAAGGACAACUCUGUCCGGGACAAAACAGACAAAAGGUUUCAACCAAUUAAUGACCUUACUCUAGGUGUAGAAUUUGGUGCUCAAAUAAUAACCAUUGCGAAACAGAUAAAACUUCAGAUAUGGGAUACAGCUGGGCAGGAGGCCUUCUGUUCCAUCACAAGGUCAUACUACAGAGGGGCAGCAGGUGCUUUACUAGUGUAUAACAUUACAAGGAGGGAUACUUUCAAUCGUUUGACAACAUGGUUAAAAGAUGCCUGCCAGCAUUCUAAUUCCAAUAUGGUUAUGCUAAUUGGAAAUAAAAAUGAUUUAGAGGCUAGAAGAGAAGUGAAAAAAGAAGAAGGUGAAGCAUUUGCAAGAGAGCAUGGCCUUAUCUUUAUGGAAACAUCUGCCAAAACUGCUUCAAAUGUAGAAGAGCCAUUUAUUAACACAGGAAAGGAAAUCUAUAAAAAAAUACAGGAGGGAGUUUUUGACAAUAAUAAGGCAAAUGGUAUUAAAAUCGGCCCUCAGCAUGUUGCUACUAGAACACUUGCAGACAAUCAAGGAGGACAACAAGCUGCUGUUGAACCUAGCUGCCUGAUGAGACCUACUAACUUUCAUCCUCCCCUCAGAUUAUGA